UAGAGGCGAGAAGGAGUCGUUCCGGGGUUUGGGGGUUCGGUGGAAUCCGGCCCAGCCCGGAGCCAGCGGCCCAGGUAUCCCAUAGACCGCGCGCCCGACACACCUACCCGCCGCCUUGGGAGCCGGCGCGUCGGGCCAGGUCGGGGGUCUGGGCGGGGUCCCCAGGGUUGAGUACUGGGAGUCUUGCCUUGAAUCAGGAACUGAGAGAGUGGGACCUACGAGGUUUGAAGAUCGAAAGAGAAGGGGCUAUACACAACAUUUUAAGAGAGGCACUGUUGGGACUUGCAUAAUAUUCUCAGUAAAAGCAUUUGCGUGCGCACCAUCGAACAUAGUUUUAGUAUCUAAAACCGUGUUAAAGGAUAGGAGACAGUUGUCUUGCUUUCUGGAUUUAAGGAGACUGGUUCACGCCCAUAUGAUUAAUCAUGAUCCAUCCCUGAAUGGUCAGUUUUUACAAAAAUAUAUUCAACCUUGUGCAAGAGAUUUGAUUACUUUGGCCAGAACUGAAUUGUUUCCUGAAUACCAGCUUUUUCCAACCGGACAAAACCAAACACUUUUCACCAUUUCUUUUAAUUUUGUUCUUUGAAACACUGAAGGGCAUUAAAACAAGAAGGUGAGGCAUACAGCUGUGGAGUCUACUCUUCAACUCUGGGCUAAUUGGGAAUGCACCCAGGAAGUGCAUAAUAUAUGGGCCUCGGGGUACACUUCUGACUGAAUUGGAAAUCCCAAAUUCCUCUGAAUUAGAGUUUCUCAGAAAAGGAACGACACAUGUUUGACUUUGACUUUUUUUUCCUUUUUUUUGAGAUAGGUUCUUGCUAAGCUGCUGAGACUGGCCCAGAACUUUUGAUCCUCCUGCUUCAGCCUCCUGAAUUGCUGGGAUUACAGAAAUUUGUGAUCCUUCUGCCUCAGCCUACUAAGUAACUGGGAUUACAGACAUGGAUUUAAGUGCUAUUACAAAACACUCAGCGUUACAUGCCAAGCCCAGUGGACUCCUCCUUCAAUAUGGGACUGCUGGGUUUCGAAUGAAGGCAGAGCAUCUUGAUCACAUCAUGUUUCGCAUGGGAUUAUUAGCUGUCCUGAGGUCAAAACAGACAAAAUCCACAAUAGGAGUCAUGGUCACAGCAUCACACAAUCCUGAGGAAGACAAUGGUGUGAAAUUGGUCGAUCCUUUGGGUGAAAUGUUGGCGCCAUCCUGGGAGGAACAUGCUACUUAUUUGGCAAAUGCAGAGGAAGAAGAUAUGCAGAGAGUGCUUAUUGAUAUCAGUGAGAAAGAAGCUGUGGAUCUGCAACAAGAUGCUUUCGUAGUUAUUGGUAGAGAUACCAGGCCCAGCAGUGAGAAAUUUUCACAAUCUGUGAUAGAUGGCGUGACUGUUCUAGGAGGUCAAGUCCAUGAUUAUGGAUUGUUAACAACACCCCAGCUGCACUACAUGGUAUGUUGUCGAAAUACCAGUGGCCAGUAUGGAAUGGCAACCAUAGAAGGUUACUACCAGAAACUCUCCAGGGCUUUUGUGGAACUUACCAAACAGGCUUCCUGCAGUGGAGAUGAAUAUAGAUCACUUAAGAUUGACUGUGCAAAUGGCAUAGGGGCUUUGAAACUGAAAGAAAUGGAACACUACUUCUCACAGGGACUGUCAGUUCAACUCUUUAAUGAUGGGACCAAAGGGAAGCUCAAUCAUUUAUGUGGGGCUGACUUUGUAAAAAGUCAUCAGAAACCUCCACAAGGAAUGGAAAUAAAGUUCAAUGAAAGAUGCUGUUCCUUUGAUGGAGAUGCAGACAGAAUUGUGUAUUACUACUGUGAUGCUGAUGGUCAUUUUCAUCUCAUAGAUGGAGACAAGAUAGCAACAUUAAUUAGCAGCUUCCUUAAAGAGCUCCUGUUGGAGAUUGGAGAAAAUUUGAAUGUUGGGGUUGUACAAACUGCAUAUGCAAAUGGAAGUUCAACACGCUAUCUUGAAGAAGUUAUGAAGGUACCUGUUUACUGCACUAAAACCGGUGUAAAACAUUUGCACCACAAGGCUCAAGAGUUUGACAUUGGAGUUUAUUUUGAAGCAAAUGGGCAUGGAACAGCGCUGUUUAGUAAAGCUGUUGAAGACAAGAUAAACCAACUCACAAGAGAAUUAGAAGAUAAGAAAGGAAAAGCUGCUAAGAUUCUUAGAAAUAUCAUUGACUUGUUUAACCAGGCAGCUGGUGAUGCUAUUGCUGACAUGCUGGUGAUUGAGGCAAUCCUGGCUUUAAAGAACCUGACUAUACAACAGUGGGAUGCUCUUUAUACUGACCUUCCGAAUAGACAACUCAAAGUUAAGGUUGCUGACAGGAAAGUUAUUAGCACCACAGAUGCUGAAAGACAAGCAGUUACACCACCUGGACUACAGGAGGCAAUUAAUGACCUGGUAAAGAAGUACAGGCUCUCCAGAGCGUUUGUCCGGCCCUCUGGUACAGAAGAUGUCAUCCGAGUGUAUGCAGAAGCAGAUUCACAAGAAAGUGCUGAUAGCCUCGCACAUGAAGUGAGCUUGGCAGUAUUUGAUUUGGCUGGAGGAAUUGGAGAAAGACCUCAACCAGGUUUCUGAAGAUCAUUUUUAUAUUCUGAGAAAAUGGAUUUUUUAAGUUUUGACAAAACUGUCAGUAAUGGUAGUAUCCAGACAUUUAUAAUGUACCUUAUCAGUUGUUUCUAGAUUUGUUUUUUCUAAAACACUACCAGAAAAUUUCUUGAGAAAUACACACACUUUAUAACUUGUUAAAGAAGCUUACCUCUAAUUUCAUUCUCACUCAUGUAAAAAUGUUAGGGCAUAAAUAUAAUUUAAUCAUUAAUUUUGCAGUGUAUGCCAGGAAUAAUUCAUGCAGGUUGCUCAAAGAUUAAAUUUUAUUACCAC